GUUGGGAAGGGAAGCAGGCAGAUGGACACUCCAGCAGCCCCCCAAACUCCACCUCCAGCUCCUCACCCUCGGUGAAGCUCGAGAACUCGCUGCCAGGGCUGCCCAAGAAGCCCUUCCCCAGAUCUGACAGGCUCCAUGCACGCACUUGCACAGAGCAGCAGAGCCCAAAAGAAAUCCCCAGCAACAAACUGGCCUUGACUGGAGACUUAAACCAGACAACUGCUGUGGCCAAAAGGAGCUGUAGGAACCCUCCUGAGAAGCCAGGAUGCCAAGGGAGUUCUGGGCUGAGCCCCGAGGAGUCGGAGCGACUGACAGCACAGCCCGAGGCAGAGCCCGGCCGGCCCCGCAGCCCCCCGGCCCCACGCCGGGAGCAGGGCACAUCCACAUCCCCCUCGGAGCCCCUGGCAGCCCCAGCAGGCGGCAGGAAAGCAGGAGAGGAGGGCAGAGAGGAGCUGCAGCCCAAGGCAGCCAAGCCCACCGAGGCAUCCCCAGAGCGGCGAGCGGCCAGAGCCGGCGAGAGACCCGGCCCCGGCCGGGAGAGAGCCCACGGGGAAACCCUGCCCCAAAAACCCCCCGGCGCCCCCAGCCACCGGGCAGAGGAGCAGAGGAAGCCUGGGGCGACGAAGGAAGCGCCAGGAAGGGAAUCUCUGGGUGCCCCGAGCAAACCAAAGAGCCCCGAGGCAGGCGGGGGAGCGGCGAAGGCGCAGAGCCCCGCGGCUGCCCCGGCCACGGCGGAGAAGGAGAAGGAGAAGAAACCCCCCGGGAACGAGGCCAUGGAGGUCGGGGUGGAGGCCCACAAGAGGAAGUCGGAGAGCAGGGAGGAAGCUGCAGGCACCCCCGAGAAGAAGCCCCGUGUGGCUGAGCCCUGCCAGCACCAGCAGGCCUUUCGGAGCCAGCCCUUUCCCGGCGCGGGGCCGGCGGUGCCGCGGGUGCCCCCGCUCAAGAUUCCCGUGUCCAGAAUCUCCCCGAUGCCAUUUCCUGCGGGCCAGGUCUCUCCCAGGGCGUGCUUCCCCCUCUCCCUCAGCAGUCCGGGCAGGACAGGGGCCAGGACCUUGGCCGACAUCAAGGCAAGAGCCCAGCAGGCCAAGGCUCAGAGGGCAGCGGCCGCCGCCGCCGCCGCCUCGGCCGGGGGAGCCGUGCCGGGGCCCGGCCCGGGCGGGGGGAGACCCCCGGGCAGGGGGGGAGACCCCGGCGGAGCCACCCAAGCUGCAACUGGAGCGAACGCACUGGAACUGGCAGGAACUGGAAGCGGGGGAGGUUCGAGAAGGUUCCUUCCCCACGGCCCAGGGCCCCGUUCCCAGGUGGAGGGCCAGGCGGAGCCGGGAGCUGCUCGCCAUCCUCCUGGAGCACAACUACAGCCAGGGGCCCCCGCGGCAGCCCCGGCGCUAGGGAACGGCGCGGGGGCCACGCCGAGCCCCCCGCGGGGCACGGCCACCCCCGGGUCCCUGAGCACCCCCGGCGGGGACAGGGUGGGGACGGCCCCUCCUGCGCCGGCCCGGGGGGCUCCGGCAGCUGGGAACGGGAGCGGUCCCUCAGCAGGAGGCGGCCGUGACCUUCCCAAAGGCAAAUCUCCUUCUCCUCUGGUGUCCCCCGUGCCACCCGCGGGCCCCGCAGCUCAGGCUGGAGCUGUGGGUGCACCCGUCCCAGCCUCCAGCAGCUCCUCAGUAGCAGCCAGCCUUAAAUCUCCUCCCGGUGGGGCCCUGCCCCGAGCGAGCUCCAGCAUUCCUGCCAACAACCCUUUGGUCACCCAGCUGCUGCAGGGCAAGAGCGUCCCUCUGGAGCAGAUCCUGCCCAAGCCGCUCACCAAAGCAGAAAUGAAAACCGUCCCGGUGGCUCCUCAGGAAGAGAAGGGGGUGGCAGCUCCCGGUGCGGCGGGGAACGGCGCCGAGGCGGGGGACAGAGCAUCGAGUUUGCCCCCGCAGCAGCUUGGGAAGAUCUUCUGCCAGAACAGGCCUCUGCCUCACAUUCCAAGGACCUUCCCGCUCGCCUCGGGAAAGGACCCCGGGCCUGAGCAGCACCAGGGCCACGAGGCGCUGAGCAAAUCCACCCAGGAGCAGAUCCUGCAGACUCUCAUCAAGAGGGUGCAGAGGCAGAGCCUGCUGCCCGUCCUUCAGCCCUCGCAGCUGAACCUCCCGCACUCAGGUUUCCCGGUGGAAAACAGCUCCACCAGCCAGAGAUUCAUGCUGGGCUUCACGGGCAGGAGGACGUCCAAGCCUGCCAUGUCUGGCCACUACCUGCUCAACAUCUCCACCUACGGCCGCGGCUCGGAGAGUUUGAGGAGAGGCUUCUCCCUGAACGCCGAGCCCCGCCUGGGGCUGAGCAGCCCCGCCGAGGGUGCCGGGGCAGAGCUCGGGGAGGGCGAGGACACGGGCGGCCAGGGCAGCAGCAGCGAGGAGGACGCGGACGACGAGAGCUCCGGGGACGAACGGGAGCGCAUCGGCGUCAAAGAGGAGCCGCGGGCGGGGCAGGGGGAGAAGGAGCAGGGCCCUGCAGAGCCCGGCUCCCUGGGGGCGAAGGCCGAGGCGGCCCCGGCAGCCAAGGAGAAGGUGGCGGCGCUGGACGGCACGGCGCUGGCCCGGGACCUGCUGCAGGCGGCGCAGGAGCAGAUGGCCCACGCCAUGAGGAGCAAGGGCCACGGCGGCACGGAGCUCUUCGGGCCCCCCACCCCAUCCCCAGACCCAGCACAGCCCCCGCUGCUCCCCGCCCCGCACGCCCCGAAGCUGCCCGGGAGCGCCGGGGCGCAGCUCCUGGGGCCCAGCUACAGCGGCACCAUCAACGUCUCCACCUCGCCCAACGUGGGCCAGGGCUCGCUCAUGAGCGAGUGCAAGCAGCUGGCCAGCUCCAUGGGCAACGUCAUGUCCUUCUCCGUGACCGUCACCACCAUCCCCACCGGGCAGGCUGUGAACUCCGGCGGCCACGGGCAGAGCCUCCCGGUGCAGGCGUUCGCCGAGGACGGCGCCAUGGAGGAUCCCCCUUCCAAAUGUUACUGCAGGUUGAAAGCCAUGAUCAUGUGCAAGGGCUGCGGUGCCUUCUGCCAUGACGACUGCAUCGGCCCCUCCAAGCUCUGCGUCUCCUGCCUCGUCGUGCGGUAACGGGGGCGGCACGUGGGGAGUAGCGCGGCUUCCUCCGGGGGCUGCUGUCGGAAGAAUCUUGGGAAGAAACAGGAAUUUUACUGCCUUGCACAAGAGACACGUUACUGAAUCAGGAAUACAGAGUUAGAGUCCUUCUUUCAUUAACGAAAGAGCACCUUCUUGUACAGGGAGUCGAAAUCGCGCUCGACUACGUGAAUUGUGACAAGAGUUUGCACUUAAGGAAUUAUGUAAAUACGCCACAUUAUUUUGUUUAAAGAUAUUUUUUCAAUCUUUUAGGAGAUAGCGUUUGACUUGUACUGCAGUUCCAGUAACCCCAGCCUGCUCUGAGCACGUUUGCUGAGCUCUGCUCUCCCCGGGGAGUCCAGCCCACAGCCCAUUGUUGCCCUCUCUUGGCAGAGGGAAUGGGAUAAUCCAGUGCAGCCGUGUGUGCUGAUGGAGCACCGAGGCAGGAGCCCUGAGUGGGCUCCCUUGGCUGCUCCCAGUUCAGAUCCCUGGCGUGCCAGCCUUUCCCUCCAUCGCCUUUCCCUCUGUUGCAGAGGCUCCUGGGCUGUGCAGUGCAGGCUGGCGUUCCUGGUUUGCAGGUCCCCCUCUCCCAGUAUCCCAGCUGAAGGGAGGUGUCCGGGUGUGCUGCUGCUGGAACUGCAGGGAGCUGGGCUGGCCAGGGGAGUCACCAGAACAGCUCAGUCCUGGGACUGUCUGUGACCCACCGGGAGCAGGGGUCACACUGCUGUGCCUGGCCAGGCAGGGCUGGCAGGAAUCUGCCCCCUGCGCAUUCCCAGGGCUGGCAGGAACCUGCUCUCCUGGGCAUUCCCAGGGCUGGCAGGAAUCUCCUCCUCUGGGCAUUCCCAGGGCUGGCAGGAAUCUGCUCCCCUGGGCAUUCCCAGGGCUGGCAGGAACCUGCUCCCCUGGGCAUUCCCAGGAGCUGGAGCUGCCAUCCUGUGGCCCAGAGCCAGCUGCUCUUGGGACACAGGGGCAGGUGAUGGGCACAAAGCAUCACCCUGGGUCCUGCCAUGCUCUGGGAAGCGUUUUGUUCUCAUCCAAACACUCCCAUGGUCAGACAUCUCCAGUUUCUAUCCAAGAUUUUGUAUUUCCUGGGUGUAGGGAGAGGCAGUCGAGUGUCUGCCUGGGCCUCGUUGGGUGGCUCUUUGUGUUUGAAAUACCAAAUUGGGCUGAGCUCAGCUCAGCUGGGCCCAGCUGAGGGAGGGGUGCUGGGGCAGCCCCUCAGAGCUGAGUGGGGACACGGCUGGUGGCAGCUGUGCCCCUGACAGUUCUGGGUUCCUUCUCUUGCACUGAGGGAAGUGAAAGCACAGUGGCCCCGUGUUCCUGGAGCUGAGGGCACCGAUGGAGCACGAGUCACCCGAGGGCUGUUCCCCUCCCGGGCCGGGUGGAGGCCUUGCUGCAUCCUGGUCAGGGAACAGAGCUAUGUAUGUUUUUGAUGGAAAAGCACUGAAUUCACUUUUAAUCCAAAGGCCUUUUAAAGCUGAAGCAAUAUUCCCCCAGCAGCGGGGCAGCUGAGUGGUGCACAGACUCUCAGCCUUCCCUUCCCCUCUCCUUUGUACUACUGCUCCCCUGUCCUUCUCCCCGGGAGCCCGGCACUGGUGGUGAGGAGCAGAAA